AUGGCAUGGGGGAAUCAGAGCAUCAGCUCGGGCUUCAUCCUGCUGGGAAUCUUUGAUCACAGCCCCACCCACACCCUCCUCUUGUCUCUGAUUCUGGGCAUCUUCACAGUGGCCUUCAUUGGAAACACUGCCAUGGUUCUCCUUGUCUACCUGGACACCCAGCUCCACACCCCCAUGUACCUCCUCCUCAGCCAACUCUCCCUCAUGGACCUCAUGCUCACCUGCACUACAGUACCCAAGAUGGCCUUCAACUACUUGUCUGGUAGGAAAUCCAUCUCUCUGGCAGGUUGUGGAACCCAGAUAUUCUUUUAUGUGUCCCUGCUUGGGGCUGAAUGUUUCCUGUUGGCUGUCAUGGCUUAUGACCGCUAUGUUGCCAUUUGUCACCCAUUAAGAUACCUAAUUCUCAUGAGCCAUAAAAUCUGUGGUCUCAUGGUUGCUUCUUCCUGGAUUCUUGGCUCUCUGGAUGGUAUAAUUGAAGUUGCAGUUGCAUUGUCCUUCACAUAUUGUGGAUCCCGGCUAAUACCCCACUUCUUUUGUGAUGUCCCUGCCCUUCUCACUCUCUCAUGCACUAACACCUUGACAUUUCAAAGGAUGAUAUUUAUCUGCUGUGUAAUUAUGCUUCUCUUCCCUGUAUCAGUUAUUCUCAUUUCCUAUGUUCGAGUGAUCCAAGCUGUCAUUCUCAUGGGAUCUGGGGAGGGUCGCCACAAGGCUUUUGCCACCUGUUCUUCCCACCUCAUGGUGGUGGGAAUGUACUACGGAGCGGGCAUAUUCAUAUUCAUGCGACCCACUUCUCAUCAUUCCCCCAUGCAGGACAAGGUGGUGUCUAUCUUCUACGCCAUCCUCACUCCCAUGCUGAAUCCCCUCAUCUACAGUCUCCACAACAGGGAAGUGGCCAGAGCAUUCAUGAAGGUGUUAGGGAAGGGCAAGUCUGGAGAGUAA